AUGGACGGUCCACCUUACCUCUCUGCGUCUUGCGAGAUAAGCAGCCCCGUCUUCUUCUCGUACUUCCCCAAUGUGACAGAAUUUCCUUCCGAGGACUACGAGCUGGAACUAGGGAGCAACGUGCCUGUCAACCAGCUGGUCUCCAUACCAGAAGGCACAUUCGCGUCUUUCUCAAAUUCGACCCCCUGCUGCCUUGGACUGUACAGAUUUUACAAUCUGGCACCGAUUUCAAAUGACGUAUUUCGAGGACUUCGACUACAGCGUGUAAACUUUGCUGGAUUGGGUCUGGAAAGUUUUCCCGUUGAGGCGAUACGUGAGCAAAGCACGUCACUGAUCAAAAUAGACAUCUUUGAUGUAUUGACUAAUAAGGGGGGUGCUAUUUUGCCUCCUCGUUUUCACUCUUUUGAGGCACUCCAGACAAUCACUAUCACCAACACACCACUUAAGCACCUCCCGAACUGUUCCUUCUCCCACUUGACUGCUCUUGUUCACUUACAAAUCUCCCAUGCGCUUCUGGAAGACGAAGACUUCCCUCGAUUGGUCCUCCACGACGUUCCCCGCCUGGAAAAUUUACAACUCAGCCACAACGGUUUCACAGAGAUACCCGCCGCACUGACUGAUCUUCCGAGUCUGAAACACUUGGACCUCUCUCACAACGAAAUUAAGACUUUGGAUGCCAGGGUUCUGAGAGACCUUCAAGGGUUAACUGAGCUGAAUCUGCAAGGUAAUCGAAUCGAGAUGGUUGAUUCAGCGGGGGUGGAGGCCCUGAGAAACAUGCCAUCCCUUGAGGUGUUUAGUCUUGGAAGUGAUAGCCCCUUCUUAUGCACGUGCCAGCUGCUACCCUUCGUUCGCUGGCUGCACCAAUCGUCGAUAGUCAUCGGCAGCAGGAGCAACUUCGCUACCUAUUCGUGUAAAAACCCACCACAUCUCUUAGGAGCUGAACUGUUGUCACCAGAUCUUGUCUCCUACCUGGAGUCAAACUGUAGUGGAGAUACGACAACUAUCCCUACUGAAUUGCCGCUCGUCAAUACAACCAAGAAAAACGGGGGAGGCGAUAUCGUGGAUGCCUUUUCGCCAUAUCGUAUCGUCGUACCCGUUGUCACCGUGUCGGUCGUGUUGAGCAUAGUUGGUGUGAUAAGCACCUGGAUAAUGUAUAAGAAACUAAAGAGGAGAUGGGUGGGUUUGUUUAGACGUUUUGAUUCCAGAAAUCUUUCCCGUCAUGCCACUCACCAAGAGACCGAAUACAGAUACGACGCGUACGUCUGCCACCACGAAAGUGCGACUGAGUUUGUCGUCAAUGAGAUGAUACCGGAGAUGGAAGGGGAGCAAGAUGGUUUCCGCCUGUGUCUGUCCUUCAGAGAUUUCCUGGUCGGAGCGGACCAGCUCGACAACGUGGCUACCGCCAUUGAUGCGAGCCGGGUCGUCAUCGUGCUCCUUGACGCUGACUUUAUCACCUGUGGCCACUGCAUGUUGGAGUUAAACAUGACGUGUACACGGACGCUAGAGGAAGGCUCAUUAGGCGGAGUUCCAGUCGCUAGUGCCGAGUCCCACCACCUCCUUCCUGGAGGCACGACUGGUCUUCUACUCGUGCUGCUCGACGCUCUACCUGUGGACGCCUUGCCGACCACACUGAGGGUCCUCCUAGACAAGAUCACAUGCUUGGAGUGGAACACGGAGGAUGCAGCAAGAUGCUGGCAACAACUUAAAUCAGCCCUUCAGGAUACCGCAGUUAACCCAAACCUGCAACAAGAACAUAAUUUUGACAUAACACAGCCACUAACUAACCUCAACCUCCAGCCGGACGACGUCAUGGUCAGCUUUGAUGUCGUCUCCCUCUUCACCAGCAUUCCCACCUCAGACGCCUGCACCAUCGCCAAGGACAGACUUCAAGCUGACACUACUCUCCAAGACCGCACCGACCUCACCCUGACCAGCUUCGAGAACUGCUCCUCACAUGUGCCAACUCAUCCAGCUUCAGAUGGCGGGACAAAUUCUUCGAACAGUUGGCUGGAACCUCCAUGGGAUCUCCUAUAUCCCCGGUUCCGGCGGACUUGUUCAUGGAAGAAUUUGAACAGACCAACGCAAGGUUUGGCUCCGGUACGUGGAUGA